AUGAGCACUGGCCAGAAAGACGACAAGGAGGACCCCAAGCCCGCAAAGAUGGCUGCCGUCACCGUCAUCUCAAACCCACUGGCAAAGGAUAAAGUGUUCCUCUUCCAAAGCGGUGCCGUAUCCAACGGGCUUCGCGUCGUGCCACAGAGUCUUCUUGAUUUUGCAUCCAAGGAACCUCUUGGUCCCAAGGAUGCCAGCAGCGUUGUCCGGCCCAUCACUAAGCCUGGCCAGCUUGUGAGUAUGGUCUUCAGAGAUUCCAUCAACGUCUAUGGUAUCACUGGAAAGGAACAGAAGGAUUACCAGGUGGAGCUACUGAGUCCUGUGCAGUCUCCUGUAGACAGUGAAGGGUUCCAGCCAGUUUCUGGUGCAAUUGCGGGCAUCUCCAAUGAAAAGGAGGGCGCUGAGGAGAAGGCCUGGCUUUACUAUAUCUGGAACAACAACGGAACCCCAGCCAUUGGCGAGCUUACCAUAUCCAAUGGACCCCCGAUUCAUAUCCCACUCCACGUUACAGACUUCAACCAAAGUACAAAACUCUACGCAGUCUACGACAAGGAGCACGACACACGAUGGGUUAUCUACCAAAGUACCAAUAAUGAGAUCAACAUCCUUAAUGCAAACAAAAACGAUAAGAAGUACGUCUUCAGCAUCGACACGACGGAUGAUCGCGCCCAUCCCGGUACUCCCCUUGCUGCCGUCAUUCUACCCUCCAGUAAGCAGUUAACAGAUGCUCGCAUCGUCGUGUACUUCGUCGGUACCGGGGCAUCAAAGCACCUCUACAGCGCCAACAGCAAGCUGGCCAAGCAGUUGUACUUUGACACCCCCAAUGAACAGCCCACAGUGGUCGAGAAGGAGAACAGGAGGAGUGUCAUCACCACGGCCGGCUUGACCGCGAUUGUUGACGAAGACCACAAGGAACCCCGCGUCGUGGUGUUUGGCCUGACCGACAUUAACACUGCCGAAUAUGCUUUCAACUCGUUCGUGCACCCGGUUGCGAGCAUCACCUCUUGA